UCCGCCCCAGUGUUCCGUUUCGAGUUUCGUCCCGGAAGCCAGAGGCGGGCGGAACCAGGUCAAUGAGGCCGGUGGUCUCGCUUCGGAAGCAUGGUGACGGCGGCGGCGCCGGCGCGGAGGAUGAGGGGAGACGCUUCGUGGUCCUUCGUGCUCUUGGCGGGGCUGCUCCCUGGGCUUUCAGGGCUGAGGCUUCUCCUCAGCGCCCCGCCACUUUUCAACUGUUCCCAGCCGGGUUUACGCUGCCUUGUGCGAAACAGUUACUGUGUGGAUGAGAGCUGGCUCCUUCCUUCGAAAUGGACUCCUUCAGCCCCAAGUUCUGUUGACGUAUUUAUUGAUACAUUUUUUGCUGAAGAUGGGAAAUUGGUUCCCGUGCUGAAGAUAGAGUGGAAAGUGGCUACUGAUGCAAGCAUCAUAUACCUCAGAGGAGUGGAAUUGGCUGUAGUACAAUUAAGCAGUAACCGGCAGGUUUGCGCUCAAUUUGACUUUCAAAAUAACUUGACGUUCCAAGUCCGUCCAGACAAUGGGGGCCGGUGGAAUUUCUCUUUCAACCGUUUUGAGGUACAACCAGGCCAAAUGUACCAAGUAACUGUCUAUCAUUUGCCCAAAUUAAGUACUGCAGGGGACUAUAACAGGAGAUCAAAGCCAUUCACAGUACCAAAUUGCACACAUCCUACCAUGAAAAGAACAGAACCGUGUGUGCGAAUAGGGAGUUUGUGGGAACCCAGAAUUAAUGGAACAAGUCUAGAUGAUCAUUCUGUGUUGCUGAGCUUUGACCCUGCAGAGAUGCCAGCCACCUAUUUUAUCCAUGUAAUCAGUGUUCGGGAGGAUGAAAAGGUGUGCAAGAAGGCCACGGAAAGCAUUUCAGAGAAGGGUCUGCAGCAGCGUCUUAAUGUCACAGUCAAGCUGGAAAGGAACUUGAAGAUCUGUUGCAAAUACAAAGUGCAGAUCCAGCCAAUCUUUCCUGCCUGUGCUACAGACUGUACGAGGCAGCCAUUUUUAAUCCCGUGUUCUUCUGCUGAUGCUUUAAGUGUUGCUGAUCAUUCCGGAAAAAAUGAUACAUUUUCAGUGGGGUUACCUUGGACCCACACUAUCAUCUGCAUUUUAUUAGUUGGUUCAGCUAUUGCUUCCGCAAUCUGCCUUACUCGAAGACAAAAAGAAUUAAAUUCUGCAGCAAAAAACUGUGAUUUUGAACUCCAAGACGUCACCCCUAUGUUGCAGCCUCCUCCACACCUCAAGCCACGUACAGUUUGGAUUGUGUAUUCUGCUGAUCACAAGCUCUAUGUAGACGUUGUGUUGAAAUUUGCUCAGUUCAUGAUCACAGUGUGUGGUACGGAGGUCAUCCUAGACCUGCUAGAGGAACAUCAGAUAUCCGAGGUGGGAGCAAUGUGCUGGCUUACUCGGCAGAAACAGAAAAUGGAAGAGCUGUCGUCGAAGAUUAUCAUCUUGUGUUCCCGGGGUACUCGAGCCAAGUGGCAAGCUAUGCUUGGGCACGAGCAAUCCACUGUACAUCUGAAGCAAGAUAAUCUGCGACCAACAGGGGACAUGUUCACUCCAGCACUGAAUCUGAUUUUACCAGACUUCAAGCAGCCAGCUUGCUUUGGACUGUAUUUAAUCUGCUACUUUGAGGGCAUAAGCAAUGAGAGUGACAUUCCAGACCCAUUCCAUGUCACCUCCAAAUAUCAACUGAUGGAUAAAUUUGAGGAAAUUUACUUUCUAAUCCAGGAUCUUGAAAAAUUUGAGCCAGGGCGAAUGCAUCAGAUCCCAGCCAUCUCGCCUGAAAAGUACACCGAAAGCCCCUGUGGCAAACAGCUGAAGGAGGCUUUGCAGAAAUUCCAGGCAUGGCAGGCUGAACGCCCAGAUUGGUUUAAAAGUGAACGUGUCUGCUGUGAGGAUGAAGAUGAUCUACAGUCCCUGAGUGGGGAACUCGGAGAAGAAGAAUUAAUAUUCCCCGGGGAAGGAAUUCUCAAGAAGCAACUGCUUCCAAAGGAACCUGACCCCAAUAGCUGUUGCUUAGUCAAUCUUCUGGUUAAUGAAGAGGACUUGGGAGCAUAUAAAUUGACACCUCAGCAUCUGUCACAAGAAGAUCUAGCAUUCCAAACUCUGGUCACUCCUGCUGAGACACCUUCUGUUCAGGUGGUCAAGCCAACUGCCCUUGCAGAAGAAAAAGAGAUACUCAGUCAUAAACUUUUGACCAAUGAAGAUUGGCUAGAAAGUGUGCCUAUGAUGGAAGCUAGCAUCCCAAGAAGAAAUAAUGUCAUUCUUCAAGAGGAUUUAUCCUCAGAUCCCCAGGCCUUGCCAGCUGAUGUGAGGCAACAACUGCAGGGAUUGAUGUAUUCCCUCUAUCAACAAAGUAUCGUCCCCUUGGAUGUGCCCCUUUGCCAAGCAGAUGUUAAUGAACAGCAACAGCUGGUAUUUGACGAGGCUUGCAAAGUUCAGAGACAGUCGGUACAGUCAGAUCAGGGUUAUAUCUCCAGAUGUUCUUCUUUGCCUUCUGAUAGCCCUGUUGAACAGGAGGAAGAAGAGAACCAACAGGAAGGAUAUUGUUCUGGUGGGCAUCUCACGGCAGAUGUCUUGAAUAGUCUAAAAAGUCUUCAGCAGCAGUUGUUUUCCCAAGAUAUCCAGAAAAACUGUAGCUGAGGUCACUUGGGAGAGUGAAGGGAGAAUUUGUUUUGUUUUUGAAACAGCUAGACAGCCCAUGACUGAUUGGGUGAUUUUUCUUUCAACAUAUAAUACAGGCCUGCAAUGUUUUCCCUCCCCUUGUGACCUUUGAGAGCUCUGGAGAAGAAGCCGCCUCCUCCUCCUCCUCCUCCUCUUCCUCCUCCUCAUGGAACUGCCUGUCACUUUGCUAGGGGAAGGGAGAAUAAAGGGAGGGCUUACCACAAAAGAAGGAGGGUUCAAAGGUUCAACUAUCAUUGGCACACCCCAGCCAGUCCUCUCCAGGCAUCCCAGUCACUCCUUCGUCCUUUCUCUUUCCAAAUAUAAUGUAGGCUUGCACUUUUCCCCUCCAUUCACAAACCUUCCUCCUUCCUUCAGCUGACCUGCGGAACUGCCUGCCACAUUGUUGUGGAAAGGGAGAACUAUGGGAGCCAUGGACCACAAGGAAAAUUGCAUCCUGCUUCUCAUUCUGGCAUGUCCCCAAGGGCCCCCUCCCUUCAGGCAGGAAGAAGGCUCAUCUCAAACAGCCCUUUCUUACCAGCAGGCAUCCACGUUACUCCCUCAUUCUUCCCUUAUUAGCCAUUGCCGUCAAGAGAUCUAAAAUUUUGGCCAUGGUUUCAAAGCUGCCACUGAUCGCUUGUCAGUUCUUGCUACCAGCCAGUUGGGUGUAGGGGCCAGAGGGAGGCUGGAUACAGAGUAGGUGUAUGCCCUUCCCAACUUUCCUUGUCCUAUGCCAGGGGUCUUCAACCUCUGGGCUAUGGACUAGUACCGGGCCGUGGCAUGCCAGCAACCAAGCUUUGCAAAAAAGCGAAGCCCCAUCCGUGGGAUGCAGGCAACCUGCAAAACCAUACCCCUCCAGUCCACAAAAAAAAACUUUCUCCAUGGAACCACUCCCUGGUGCCUAAAAGGCCAGGGGCCACUGUGUAAUGCAACCUACAGGUUCCUGGAAAGUGUAAUCAGAAGGUAUGGCACUAAAACUUUGUCAAAUUUCAAUCUCACGGGAGUCAUGGAUCCCAGACUUUGGACUCAUUCUGUUAAGUAGGCCUCUUUAAAGUAUGUUGAUUCAAAAAUCAUUGCUCUAUGAUACACCAUUUUGCCCAGUUGGAGGCUACAAAAUGUCAAACAGAAGCAAGAGUUUUAGUAGUAUUGUAUAGAAGUUAAUGGCUGUUUGUUGAAUUGUGCAGCGUCUAAUCUGAGCUAAAUAGCAAAGUGCUAUGAUGAUAUAAACUGCCUCUUAAGAGUACAGGGAUAGUCAUAGAAGAUGAGGAGAAUUCUCAAAUAUUCUGAAGCCUCUUCUGAAAGUAAUAAGUAUUAAGGUAAAAGAAACUUUACGUGACAUGAAAAAUACUGUCUAGUCCAAUCUCCAUUGUGGCUGAUAGCAGAUUAUCUAUGCAUUUAGUAGUUUUGGUCUCUUUUUAUAAGUAUUCACUUUUGUAAUUAUAGUUCCAAUUUGUAGCAGUGAAUUUUGUCUGCCAGUUUUGCCCUAUACAAAGAAGUGUUUUCUAUCACCUUUGCCAUUUAAUUUCAUAGUAUUAUCUAUAUUUAUUUUAUUACUUAGCAAGGAAGAAAAACUCUACAGUACUUACCUUAUGACUUACACCCUUCUCUCUUUUGUACCUGAUUUUGUCACUGUUUGCUUUUUUUUCUGAACUAUAGUAUCCAAAACACUUUAUCACAACUGCUAACUGAUCAGUUGGAUAACUUAUUUCUGCAAUUUCCUAUACUAGGAUGUCUGUGUUAAGCUAAUAUUGCUAGAGCUGUUAACUGAAUUCCAGUCUGUCCAACUAUAAUUGAUACUGGCUGAUUUUCAGUUCUUUUUAUAAAAUAACUAACUGCCCCCUUGUAUGAACUAUCCCCAUUUCAUAGGCACCAUAGGCCAGUGAGGCACAUUGUUCAGCCUCAAAAUCUUUUCUCAGUCUUUUCCACCAGUUCAGAUUCCAUUAAUGAAUGCAGAACUUGAGCAUCUUGUCUCAAUAUAGUUGCAUUUGACUUGCUUACUUUGAAGUAUAUUUGUCACUUUCUUGUCCAAUAAAAGGGAUUUUAUAAGGCAUAGUUCCAUAAGCAUUUUUAAAGGGAAAUUUAAUAAAAUUUUAAUGAUCAGAAGUCCUGCACUAAGGAAUUGGUCCACUUAUUUACAAAUGAUAUGAAAAAAAUAUUUUUCUACCAAACAAUCCUAGCAGGGUUGCCUGACUUUAGAGUAUAUUUAAUUAUUAUAAUUGCUUUAGGAAUUUUGAUUGACAGUCUUGAACAUACAGCUACUUUGAAUAGGGACAAUAUGUCUUUCCUUCACCACCUUAACUUACUACCAGGAUAAUAUUACUUUAGUAUCAAGGCAAUAUGGAAGCAACAGAAGGAUUACGUGAUUAAAUUUCUUGGGCCAGCUGCAGGGUUUGGGGAUGGGAGGUGUAGUAUUGCACUGGUUUGGCUCCUUUUUCCAAGACUGGUCCCAAUUGGUGUUAAUAGGGAGCAGAGGUUUAGCCCACAGCCACUCCCUCAUGAGUGCCACAGGAAUGAGGCAUGAGUAUGUAGAUGUUAUAGUUUUACAUCUCUAUCCUUGGUGCUCCAAGUGAUGCUAUAGUUGCCUUUAGUGCCUGGAGACUGUAAAGACCUGGAUGAACCCUGUCAAGAUGGAAUAGCUGUGGGGGCAGGAGACCUCAGGAUAUGGUCAUUUAUAAUUUUUAGUUCUGUAUUUUUAGUGUGGUUAUACUACUACAGACAGAUCUGGUGCAUAUCCUGGGCAUUCUGGACUCACAACUCAUGCUCGAAGAGUGCACCAGUUUCCCCUUAUCUGGAUCAUGAAGCUCUGCACAUAGUCACACCCUACUCAUCUCAGUUGGAUUACUGCAAUGCUCUCUAUAUGGGGCUACCUUUGAGGAGUAUUUAGAAGCUGAGUGCAGCAACACAACACAGUUCUGAGGGCCCUUUGGCUGGCAUGUAUAACACUGUUACCAGUUUGCUUCCAGAUCCAGUUCAAGGUGUUAAAGCCUUUAAAGCCCUAUAUGGCAUGGAUCCAGGGUAUCUGAGGAGCUGUCUCACCCAGCGUGACUAGCCCACCCCACUUAUGUCAGCAGAAGAAGCCUGCUACAGACUCCACCUGCUAAGGAAUUCGAGCAGGUGGGGUAAAGAAGAGCCUUUUUCUGCUGUGACACCAACCCUGUGGAAUACUCUACCACUGAAGGUGAAAACUACUCCCAGCCUUUUGGCCUUCCAGAAGGGUAUUAAAACUUGGUUUUGAUGGUUGGCCUAGGGCCAACAGGAGGUGAUUGACCUGAUAAGAAGACCUCAUUCCCAUACCCUCCACCUCCUUGGUUCCAGUUUUUUGUAGAGUUUUAAAUUGUUCGUGGCUUUUCUAUUUAUUUUUUUAUGUUCUAUACACCAUCCAGAGUCACCCUAUUAGAUGAUGGCGUAUACAUUUAAUAAAUAAUAAAUAAAUGAGACUCAGAUAUAGGAAAUAGCUGCAGUUGUGCUGAUGCUGUGGCUUUCAAUUUUACCCCUAGCUGCGUGUCUUUGGAUUCUCCAUGGAAUGUUAUUUGCGGCAACAGAGACAGAAUUUUAUAGCAAAAGUGUGUUGCCUCUGAAACAAAGGGGCUCUAAAACAUGCAUGGUUCCCAAACUGGACAGUUGCUCUGACAACAGAUAGAAGCAAACAGUUGAUAUGAAAAGGGUGUGUCUAUGUGAGUGCUCGGGUACAUGCAGUAGAUGAGAGAGGGAGUUGAAGUCUUCUCUGCCAGAAAUUAUUUAGUGUGCAGGGAAUCUGGUUUUCAACAUCUAUCGCUUGAUUCAAAAUUUAGACUUGUUUUUAAAAUUACCUUCAAGAAUCCAAAUAAACUUUUUUUUUUGUAUAGAUCAGUGACUGAUACAGAAUCUUCAGAGUUAAAUAUAGGUGGUCCUCAACUUGCAACACCAUUGUGAUCAGGAUUUCCAUUGCCAAGCAAGGCAAUUGUUAAGUGAGCCAUGCUUGACUUUACAACCUUUUUUUGCCAUGGUUAAGCACAUCACUGCAGUUGUUAAGGGAAUCACAGCAGUCAUUAAGUGAAUCCAGCUUCCCCCAUUGACUUUGCUUGUUGGAAGCUGUCUGGGAAGGUCGCCUGCAGGUGGCAAUUCUAUGACUUGGGAUGCUGCAACCAUCAUAAAUACAAGCCAGUUGCCAAGUGCCCAAAUUCUGAUCAUGUGACUGUGGGGAUGCUGCAACCAUUUUAAGUGUGAGGGCCCGUCAUAAGUCACUUUUUUCACAGUUAUUGCAGCUUUGAAUGGUCACUAAACAAAUGGCUGUAAGUUAAGGAUUACUUGUUCUGUUGAAUAAACUUAACAUUGCAAUUUUAUUACACUACUGCCUAUAUAGGAAUUGAAAAGGCUAUUAAAAGAUCCAAGUACAUGGGGUUAAUUCAGUUCAAACUCAGUUAAAUAGCAACUGCUGUGGAGGAUUUGGGGAAAGUAAUUUCCCAAGUUGAUUACCUUAUGUUCAUACAUUGUGAAACCCACUUUCUUGCUAAUUAGAUCAAUAUAUUAAGGCAAAUGAGCAGGAGUGUUGUUUUUUUCAACUAAUGACCUGCUAGCCUACUGAAAAUUACUCUGCAAUAUCUUUCAAUGUUUAUCAUUGAUGUUCAAGCUGGUUAUUUUAAUUUUACGCUCUGUCUUUUCCAGCCUAGCUUCUAUUACACAAUUAAAUUGUGUACUAUAUUUUUAAGCAUUGCUGGCUUAAUUUAAAUUUGUAAUCAAAUAAAACCAUAUUUUAGUACUGUAUUAAUCAGAUUGUUUUGUUUUGCACUUGUAUAUAUACUACUUUUGGCCAAGUUUGGAAAUGAGCAGUUAGAGAAUGCUGAACAGAUGCUAAACCUGUUUCAUUUUUUACCUAAUAUUUAAAGAGCAAAUAUCAGCCAAGUCAGAAACCUGUGGCUAACUCAUAGUUGCUCAUGAGUCAACAACCCUUGUGCCUGAAUUAUCUAUAUAUUAGAAAUAGGAAGAAUUAAUGCAGUGUUUCUCAACCUUGACAAUUUUAAGGCAUGUGGACUUCAACUCCCAGAAUUCCACAGCCAGCAAAGUACCAAGUACUUUGCAUUUCAGAGACAUGGUAUAUAAAUAGACAGUUCACAAUAAUGUUAUUCUAAUAAAAGUUUAAAAUAUUUAAUGUAACAAUUCUUUUCUUCAGUGGCCCUGAAAUGAUGGAAUACAAGAGUAUUCUUCAUUUUCUUUGUUAGGGCAGUAUUUCAUAACCAGUUUUUACGUAGUUGUAGCUGUUAGCAAGUUUCAUAUCAAAUUUAAAUACCCAUUAAAAGAUGCAAAAUUUAUCUUGAAACAUUAAACUCUGUAACAUAUUUAAUCCAAUCUGCUCAUGUGAUUAUUGUCCAGAAACUAAUUACAGAUAACUAAAAUCUAAAACAGCCAGUGGAAUGUUGUAAAUAUAUUGUGUUUCUGUUGGAACAGUUAAACUUACUGGCCUCUGAGUUUUCUAACUGCAUACAGUACAUCCUCAGUACAUUACUACCUUUUGUAUAACUAUAUAUAAAGUUAAGAACUUGAAGAAUGUUUGUGGCCUUCAAUCUAAGAUCAUAAUUCAGCUGAAGCUUUAACCUCUACUGACUGCAGUGGAGAUUCGCACAAGAGAAAAUAACUAGGUCUACAUGAAGUGCUUGAGGUACCUAUGUUAUCUUAUGCCACAAAGCAAACAUUUUAUUUUGUCAAGGUGUAGAAGUAAUGCACAUGGUUUCUCAUAGCCCAAAGUUACCAUGGCAGGUGAAUGGUAAAGAAAUACACAUAUGGAAAACUGCCUACCAGGUACUUCCUCAACUUUUGAAGAACUGAAAAUUUCCAGUACAUGUUUUGAUAAGUGUCCAGAGCAUAGAGAUGUUUUUAAAUCCCCAGUAAAAAGGAAAACAAUAGAGCCAAUAAACAUCCAGCCUAUUGCCUACUAUGUCAGCAUCUUAUCUCCAUAUUGUAUUUUCAUACAAGAAUUGAAAUUGCCUGAAUUCUGAGUUUUGCUCAUUUAAAAUUGGAGGAUAAGUGACACAUUUUUAUCAUAAAUUGAAAAUAUUUAACCAGAUAUCAGCCAAAAAUACAUACUUUUUAUUUUUAGAACAAAAUCUUUAUUUUUUUUUUCAAAUACUCUGUUAAAUGUAUGGGGAUGCUAAGUUUCCUUGACUAUAUAACUGUUUUACUUUCCAUGGUAUUGUCAUUUGUAUAGCUGCCCUUGUCAUAUGCUAGAGGUUUGCUGCUUGAAACUAAGGGUGUGGGACAUAGCUUCCUACAGAUAGCUGUAGUUCAAAUUUGUAUGCUAGCUUGCAGUUAAUUAUCAUUUCAAUAAUGCUAACUUAAAGUAAUUCAACUGCAUAACAACUUGCAGUCAUUGUUAUUUCAGUUAAUAAGUGUGUAUCAUUUUAAAAGGUACAAUAUGGAUUAAGGUGUAAUACUUAUUUCCAGCGCUAUGAAAUAUGAAGUGACUGAUGCUACAAAAGAUUAGCCCAACUGCUUCAAAAGACAACAGUUGCACAUAUUGUAAUGAUAUUUGGGGAACAAAUAGAACUUGGUAUUUCUUUAGUAGGCAACUAGCAUCCCCAUUUAAAAUAUCACAGAGUUCAGCAAAGGGCAGGGGGAAGAGUGCACAGUACUUAAGUUUCACAAUCACAAUCACAGCACCAAGAUUAUCAAGACAAAUAGAAAGGAAAUACUAAAUGGAAGGCCUCUGGCCAAAAUUUUACUCCAUUAUUCUUCAAAAGCUCUGCUUUGGGACCAGAAUAAAGCACUAGUGAGAAAGGUAAACCAUCUUCAGUCCCGUAAUAACAGAAGAAUUGUACAGAAUUACAUAGUGAUGCACCCAAUGGAAACCUUUAUUCCAUAACUUAUAAAAAAGAGUAAAGUGUAGUUUUAAAGCUACAUUGGAGGAUCAGAUCCUUUAUUCACUUUUUUUUCAUAAUGCAAUAACUUAAUUGCAAAAAAGAAUAUUACUGAAUUGGGGAGAAAACAGUGCUUUCCCCACACACUAUCAUAUACCUUUUACAUCUUUUUUAUGGAAUAGUUUCCUUGAUCUAGCCAGUUUAUAGGGAGAAAGAAAUAACUUUAUAUUUCUUCCAUAUUAUGUCCAAUAAGUUGAUUCUCUGAAAAAGUAGGUAUUAAGAAAAGGUGAGUAGGUGAAUAUCUUCUUACUUGCCAAUCAGUGCACCUACCACCAUUUCUGAGCCUUUAGUCUCCAAGUAAAACAUGGGUGGCUGAAAACAGGUUACUCUAAAUCCACUUUGGAGCCUUGUCCAAAUUUGAAGUUUUCUCUAGCCCUGUUGAAGCCUGGCUGCAUUAUGAAGUGCUAGGACUCUUGCCAAGACAUCCAAGUUCUCACUAGUGAUCUUUGCGGGUGUGUCCUGUCACAUUUAAUCCCUUAUCAAAUUAGUUUGAACAUAUGAGGAAGCUAUGUCACACUCAUGAAUUAUCAUAUACAAAAAGACUAACCUAAAUUUAUUCCGCCUGCCUUGAGCGGGCAUUUUAGCAAAUAGAACUUAAUAAAUCUGAAGGAAGGCUGUCCUCAAAACAGAGCACCAAUUUAUAGAAAUCAUACAAGGCUUAUCCCGAGAGACAUGAAAGCCUCAAUUAGAGGUUGUUAAGAGACCCUGUUAUCACCAGUGAGUUAGAUGUUAAUCGAGAGAGGUGAACAUUCAGGCCCCCUCUCCAAAUGUAGUAAGGUUCAAGCACAGAGGUAGACAUCAGCAAGAGUGUAGGCAGCAUCCUAAUUCCAGGAACUUCCCCUAAAAGGAAACUAUCUCUGUGAGGAUGGAGAACAGCAGGUGUUGGUGAUGUUUACAACUUUUUUUAAAAGGAGGUACAAGAGAGGGAGAGCUACAGUUUCAAAAGGCAGGCAUGCUGAGGAUGGCAAGGUCCAGGGCAAUCGGUUCCUAAGUCACAACGAUCAAGAGUAUAAUACAGUCUGAAACACUUUGGAGCCUUGGAAUUCAAGGGGAGAGGACAAAAUUAAAGCAAUAAAGGACACUAUGACUGUGCAAAAAAAAAAA